AUGUCUUUAUUCACGUCAAAUGAGACCAAUUUCAGUUUCACAAGUGAAACUAGCCUUGAUACGCCGCGAGAUGAACGCCUUGCGCGAGUUGAAAUAGCUAUUCUGAGCAUAAUUUUCCUCUGCGCAGCAGUGCUGAACUUCGGGCUCCUCUCGGUUCUGUGGAAGCGAAGAAAGCAAAUGUCUCGAAUGCGCGUAUUCGUCUUUCAUUUGUGCUUGGCGGAUCUUGUCGUCACUUUUUUCCAAGUGUGUCCUCAACUAAUGUGGGAUAUCACCGAUAGAUUCAGCGGUCCUGACGUAUUAUGCCGGUUGGUGAAGUACCUACAGGUGGUCGGCAUGUUCGCCUCUACUUACAUGAUCGUUGUGAUGACCAUUGACCGCUACCAAGCCAUCUGCAAUCCCAUGGUGACUUUCCAGAGACGUCGUGCGCGCUGGAACGUCCCUGUCUGCAUCGCAUGGGGAAUCGCUCUUAUCGGAAGCCUCCCUCAGGUCUUCAUCUUCUCCCAAGUUGAGAUUUCUCCUGGGGUUUUCGAGUGCUGGGCUGACUUCAUACGACCAUGGGGACUGAAGACAUACAUAACCUGGACAACUUUAGUCAUUUUCGUGUUGCCCAUACUGACUGUCGUUGUGUGCCAGGUGCGCAUUUGUAGAGCAAUUCAGAUAAACCUCCACAUGAAAACUCACCAGAACGAAGAGGAUGUCAUUAAGCAGCCACUGCCGUCCAGAGCCAGCAGUGUCACCGGAGUGUCUAAAGCAAGGAUUAAAACAGUGAAAAUGACUGUUGUGAUCGUGCUUGCCUACAUUCUCUGUUGGUCACCAUUCUUUACAGUUCAGCUGUGGUCAGUUUGGGACGAUGACGCACCGACUGAAAGUGCGGUCUUUACCAUCCUCAUGCUGUUGUCCAGUCUGAACAGCUGUGCCAACCCUUGCAUCUAUCUCCUCUUCAGUGGGAAAUUUCCUAGACGGAUCAUGGCACUUCUGUGUAUGGGUCACAGGAGCGGUAAGGAGUCUAUCCCAGAUGAAGCAACCGUAGUCAGUACACUGUACAUGAGCUUGAAGAGCGUCUCGGACAGUAGGUGAGCCAAUACUCUGUAGGCCACAUGUCGCAAACAAAAACAUUUUUUUCGAACCAUCAUGAACAGAUAUUGCAGACUCCCUCGGAAAAGUGUUUUUGCGAAUGUAAUUUGCACUUUCUAUGGUCUGUUUGAGAUCUGUGUAUGAAGUGCUGUAAAUAGCGCCUUGCUAUUGAAUGAAACGUGUUCCACUGUGCGCAUCGACUGUGUAAAAUAUCUAUACGCUUUCUGUUAAGGCAGGCUAGACUUUCCACUGUAUAGGCUAAUGCAUGGCUACCUGUGAACUUAACUACGCAGAGCGCUGGUGGGGAAAAUGCUGACUUGUGCUUCUAUCAUUUUAAUUGGCUGUGACAUUUUGAUACUUUUAUCGCCACCACA